UCACACCAAUAUCAAUUCUCUCCAAUUUCAUUCUUUCUUUGAUUAUUAACUAUCUAAGCUCUUUAAACAUCAUCAUGGGUGUGUUCACUUAUGAAACCGAGUUCACCUCUGUCAUCCCCCCUGCUAGGUUGUUCAAGGCCUUUGUUCUUGAUGCCGACAACCUCAUCCCCAAGAUUGCUCCCCAAGCAGUUAAAAGUGCCGAGAUUCUUGAAGGAGAUGGAGGAGUUGGAACCAUCAAGAAGAUCAACCUCGGGGAAGGAAGUGAAUAUAGCUAUGUGAAGCAUCAGAUUGAUGGAAUUGACAAGGAAAACUUUGUGUACAGUUAUAGUAUGAUUGAGGGAGAUGCUAUCUCAGACAAAAUUGAGAAGAUCUCCUAUGAGACUAAGUUGGUUGCAUCUUCUGAUGGAGGUUCUGUCAUCAAGAGCACCAGCAACUACCACACCAAGGGCGACGUCGAGAUCAAGGAAGAGCAUGUUAAGGCAGGAAAAGAAAGGGCUGCUGGUUUAUUCAAGAUUAUUGAGAGCCACCUUUUGGCCAAUCCUGAUGCCUACAACUAAAACUAUCGUCUAGAUACUGCAUGCCAUGAGCAUGCUUGUGUCAUCUUUUCUAUGUUCAGUCAACGACGUAUGGCUUUCAUUUCUGUUUUUCCUUCUCUCAACGGCUCAACCCUAAGCAUUUUUUGUUUGCAUUUGGACUUCUCAUCAAAGAAAAAUUUACUUGUAUUUGGCUUCAGUAUGAAGUUCAUGCUAUGAAUAAAGAAUGUAAAAGAUCAUUUGA